AUUUUGCCCGAUGAAUGACGGGAAAGACCGCCACGGGUCAGGGCGGCAGGCUAUCACAGAAGUGGGUCAUAUGUACGGAGAUGGAGGAAAGUCGGUCACCCACGGGUGGAACACAGACUCCUCCUGGUUCGAACGAAUGGUUGAGAGAGGCCGGAGAGCGAGCGCCGAGGGCAGCAGGGGACGACCAGAACAUGGAACGCGCCGCGAGUCGGCCGCCGGACAGUGGCGGUCAAGCUCGGAACAACGGGUCGGGUUGGGUGACCGGUAGUGCAGGACGUCAUAGUCCUCUGGACGCUAGCAGUAGCAGCCCUGGUGCUGCGGGCAGACGGGGGUCUACAGCAGGACUCGAACCCCCAGUGGCCCACAGUCGAGCCGGGCGGACAAGCAGUAGUGGUAGCGGCGAUGGGGUAGUUGUGCCUGCGCACAGUAGCAGCGGGCGAGAUCGUCGGCAGUCGUCGCUUGCGUCGGAGGAGGCGGCCCCUUCAUCUUCAUCAUCUCCCACGCCCUACAACACAAAACCUCUACACCCCAGUACUCCUUCUUCUUCCUCUUCGUCCCCUUCUGUAUCCUCCCCGUUCGUCCCCAUCUCCGCAGCAGCUGCGGCAUCAUCGUCGUCGUCAUCAUCUCCAUCUCCUUCCCUGUCGUCGAGCUCUGCGGCUCCCCCACCUCCCCCUUCCUCAUCAUCACCGCUACACGGACCACCGCAGUCGUCCCCCUUGCACUUCCGUGACCGCCGUGGCUCCAGGUUGUCCAGCGGGUCGACGUCAUCAAUCCAGGAGCACAGACAAGACCAGGCCGAGCUGCAUGUAGCAGGGAGUAGUAAGGGCAGCCCCGGGUCCUCCGCCACCCCGAGACGGGUGUCUGGAGAACAGCUGUCUGCCCUGUCUCCCAAAGAGAAGUCGGCGUCUGCUACACUUUCCGCCUUCAACUCGCUGCACCGCGCGGAGCUUCAGCGACAACAACAGAAACAACAACAACAUCAGCAACUACAUACACAACUACAUUCGCCGUCUGAGGUCCAUGCUGUGUCCAGCAAGCACGCCUCGGCUGACGUGCCGUUGACCUCGUCAGCCUCGUCUUCGGGCACUAACGAGUCUCCGACUCCACCCUUCCAUGAAGCCCCGCCUCCUCAGUUGCGUGCGCGUCUGCUGGACCCACCCCCUCCUCCAGUCCCUCGUGACUCGGGUGGUGGUGCCUCGGGUCUUGCCCGGAUCAGGGAUGCGGCGCUGUUGCGUCAUCUAGAGACCGGGCGGAGUCCUGGUUCCAUUGCUCUUGGCGUAGAAGGUCAAGGUCGAUCGAUAGCUGUCAGAGCAGGCAGUCCAAUAGAACCCGGCCGAGCAGGGGAUUCAGGUCUUGACCAGCGUUUGUCCUGGAAGUUGUUGAACGAGCCCAGCGAGGAGGGAGACGCCCAUGCCGCGGUGGACAAGAGGAUUAUACCUACACAUCUACAGGCCAACUCACCGCGGCCUCUUGCUUCUUCAGCCGGUGUGAUAGUGACCGAAGCCCCUGUGAGUCGGUCCCACCUCGAACGGGGCGGUCUUCCGAGCGCUGAGUAUAACACCUACACCGCGCUAGAGCAAGCUCAGUGGAAAUCCGAGCUGAGCUACUCGGACGUGGAAGAGGCCGGGGGACGUAGGGAGUCCUUGGACACACCAGGGGACGCCGUCAGCAACCUGCCCUCUACACUGGCCGCCAACACGGGAGUGCCCAGCCCAGGGGUUCUUCCGAAGAGCCCUGCAGAAUGUGGGCGACCCCGCGCGCAAGAAAUGUUUCUACACCAAGAACUGCGACAUCAAUAUGCAGACCAGGAACCGGUGCCAGUACUGUCGUCUGCAGAAAUGUCUGGGCCUGGGAAUGUCCAGGGCCGCGGCCAAGCUGGGUCGUCGGUCCCGUAAGAUGAGAGACAUCAUCCGACACAUCGAGGACACACAGACGGAGCAGGCGCUGCACGGGCUACUCAGCCUCAACGCCGACAACAACGCCGUGGUCUCUGAGGCCAAGCCGGGGGCGCACAGCCCAGAGGAGCCCCCUCCAUCACAGCAAGCCCCACCACCCCCGCCACACGCCUCCCAGCUGUCGCCGGCCCCCGCCGUUACCUCGGAUCCAAAUCCACAGAUCUCCAUGGCGGCGCUCUCUGUCCUACUCAAGCAGCGCUCGGCGGCGGGACAGCUGAUUGGUCAACCCAUGGUGGCAGACCACGCCCACCCUCACCCCGCCCACCACCCGGCGGCGGCGCUGGCGUUAGCGGUCAAGUCUGAGCUGGACCUGCGCACCCCGAGUUCCGCCGCCGCGGCAGCCGCUGCAGCUGCCGCUGACGCAGAGAUGAAGAGCCGCAUCAUGAGCUUGAUGCAGCAGGCGGCGGCUGAGCGCGCUAUAGGGGGCGGGGCGGGGGGCGUGGCGCCCGAGGAGGAACAGCCUCUGAUGCUGAAGGUGCAACGUAGCUCUCCAUCCUCACAGCCUCUUGGCUCGCCAGACAAAUAACCCCCGCCCACAGCCCUCCCGCCACCAGCAGCGGCGCGACGGGAACACGCCCACUGACACUACAGCCCGCCCACACCUCCCACGCCGCCCCGCCCCUCCCCGGCGACCUUCCCAGCGCCAUUAUGGCGCACCUGGCGGCGGCGCGCGGGGGUCAGCCUCUGGUCUACGCUCUUCCUGGUUCUGCUGGACAGGUCUUCAUCAAAACCGAGGACGGCCGUAUCGAAGCUCUGGGCCCUGUGGAGGCUUUGACCCAAAACCCCUCCGCCAUCAUCCCCAGCACACUCCUCCCGUCUGGGAUCACCGCCUCCUCCUCCUCUUCCACCACCGCCCCGCUCUGCUCCCCUUCCUCCUCCUCCUUCCUCAUCCCCUCCUCUUCCUCAUCCUCCUCGUCCCCCUCCGUGGUUAUCACUGCUGCCACCGCCGCGUCGCUGUCUUCCACCUACCAGCCGCCCUCCUCUACCGCCGGACACAACCUGGUGGUCGGGGAGGUAACGGGUUCACCCGCCUACUCGGAUGACCAGCUGGCGCCGCCUGGUUUGGCGACGGCGGGUAACUUCCCCUCUGUGAUAGUUCAGCACAAUUCCAGCCUCGACCUACGCAAGAAAGUGUCGGCCGUGGAGCAGUUCAUCCGCAGCCCCAUCAAGAAGCGGCCCUACUUCCCCAACGAGGGGCCUGACGACCUCAGUCUCAGCGCCUCCACCAACCACCCAUCCGGGGACGCGGCGGUGGAGACGGAGUCCGCUACAGCUGCACCAUCGUCGUCGUCGUCAUCAUCAUCAGCCCAGAAUGUCGCGAAAAGAGGAUCUUCAGAACCAAAACCGAAACGGCGGCGAACUGGGAACAGCAGUAGCGCCACCGCCACCAGCAGUCGUGCUGAAGUCGCCGCGCCAUCCACCACCACCGAACAAGCCGCGGCCACCAGCACCACCAGCAACAACAACAACAGCACCAACAAUGGAAGAAGGAGCAGUAGCGGCAGUAAUGUGGGCGUGUACCCAGCUGACAGCCUGUCAUCCCGAGACCUGUCUCCGCCAAUCACCACAAGCCACUCCCACUCCCUGGCCCAAGCGCUGCACCGUAAGGACACGGUCACUGCUGCUGCAGUCGCCUCCUCCGCCUCCGGCCCGUCUCCCCACACCAGCACCGCCUCGACACUGUCCAGCCCCCCGCCUCGCUCCCCUGGCCCCGUCAGUUCCAGCACGCUCCCCGGCUCUCGAUCGGGAGGAGGAACAACAGACCCCAACAGCCACCACGCCUUCCCCCACCACUCCCUCAAUCCUCCCCCUCACCACCACUCCCACCACCACCAUCACCACCAUCAGCAACAACAACACCACAGCCACCCCUCCGCCUCGCCGACCAUCACGUCAACAGCAGCCUCAACGACAACAAACCCCCACAACAACAACAACAACAACAACAAUCUUCCCCCCGCUCCCCAAGGCCUGGCCCGCACGGACGGUCUGAUCGGACUGGCGCGGCCUCUGGGCAAGGAGGAGAUCAAGCUGACCGUGCCCUACAUGGUGUCCCGGCUCAACGACUCCUACAACACGACCUUCACCUUCCUCAAGACCAAGCUGCAGGAGAUGCGCGUCAAGCUGGUGGAGUACCGCAGCAGCAUGACCAUGGACAGCGUCAUCGGCAAGAUCAUCUCACAGCACCUCAAGUCUGGAUCACAGGGUACGAGCACGGGUGAGAUGUGCUGGCACCACUUCCAGAUGCGGCUGAACCGGACCAUCGAGGACGUGGUGUGUUUUGCCAAGAAAAUCCCGGGCUUUGCCGAGCUGGACCAGGACGACCAGAUCAGUCUCAUCAAGGGAGGGUGCUUUGAGGUGGCGUGCGUAGUUUGUGCCCCGUUCAUCGACGCAGACACCAACUCCAUCUUCCUGCUGGGCAACAGUUCCAUCGUGCUUCGUGAUGAGAUGAAGUGUGGCUUCCCCCUUGGGGAGCACUUCGUGGAGCUGCUCUUCAACCUCUCCAACAGGCUCAAUGCUUUCAGCCUCAGGAACUCGGAGAAGGCUCUCUUCAGCGCUCUUGUACUUAUCUCUCCUGAUCGUCCUGGUCUCAAGAACAGGGAAAAAGUCUCCAAGCUGCAAGAGCUGUUGAUCCAGGCCCUCCAGUCGGAGAUCAGCGCCUCUCACUCUGACGAAGGCGGCUUGUUCCCGCGACUCCUCAUGUCUAUCUCCAGCCUGAGAGAGCUUGGAGUGGAACACCGCAGGAUGCUGGAAUCCCUCAAGGGCCAGAUGAGCUUCCCUCAUGACCUGUACGCAGAGACCUUUGACCUCAUCCCUUGACAUCAGUGCUAGCCAACGCUCCUUCAACCUCCUUAGUGCUAAGGGGUCAUACGUUGUGUCGAUUGGCUAAGUGGUUCCUGUGUGGAGACUUGAUGUUCUGUCUCUCUCUUUGUGCAGUGAGGAGAUGUGUAGAAUUUCAGAUCCUGUUCCUAGAGCUGAGUGGUGAGGAUGAUGAUGAUGCUGAUGAGGGUGAUGAUGAUGAUGAAGAGGAAGAAGAUGAUGACUGAAAUGGAUGCUGAUGAUCAACGAGUUGCUUUAUGAAGUCUUGGUGAGGAUGACGAAGAGGACAGUGAUCAGAAGGAAGAUAAUAUUCUAUUCCUUAAAUGGAUGCUUUAUUGAGUGGAAUCAUUGAUAAUAAUGAAUGGACUGUGGACUGACUCAAAAAACAGGUGAAUACUGUCUCUGCUUGUCACAUAUCAUGUUACCAUCAUUUGUUGAUUGGCUCUUUUAAAGUGAGCGAGGGGAAAUCAGGAAAUGUUGAGGCUCUUGCUGCAGGGGAGAUGGUGUGUUGAAACACUAGGAGUUUCUGUUACCCACAAGGGUUUCCCAACACUGCCAUAGUCUCUGGGGUUUGAAGAAGCAAUGGAUGUGUGACCUGGGAACAGAGACAAUGUAUUGGGUCAAAUGGGACUGUGGUGCUGACGUUGAGGCAAAUCAGAAAGGUUUCACGUUGUGUUGUUUUGAUGAUAGAUGAACACUCUGGAAAGUUCUGGAGAGAUCAACACAAAUGUCCAGAUUCCUUUGAUGUGAUGUGAGUGACAGCCCAGCCCCCUUCCCUUCCAGAAGAGACAA